GGAUCCGACCAAAUGAUACGGAUCCGACCGGAUCCGGAUCCGAAACACUGUUUUCUACCAUUAAAUAGUUAGUUGAAACAAAUAGUUAAAUUGAACUAUUAUACUUAAUAGGUCCAUUCUAGAUGGAAGUAAUAUAUCUCUUUGAUUUGAUUUAAGCAAGAGGAAAAGUUAGGUAUCUGCUUGCAUUUUAGUGAUUAAUUUUACUUUUAAAUCAUUCCAAACAAUAUUUAGCUAGUUUCCAUUUCAUUUACAGUUUCUGGAUGAUUGUCAUGUUUGUAACCACUUGUUGGUCUCAUUUCAGAUCAGAAAAUGGUUAUCUUAGGAAACUUAUAAAAGAAGCUGUUGAGAAACAAAUACUGACAGAGGCACAAAAAAUGAAAUUUGAAGGAAUCUCCGAAAAGUCUGAGCUGUUUUCGACAAACGUAUCUAAAAUCAAUACAGAAGUGAUCCUGGAACUAUAAACCGGAACUCCUAAGAGAUGAAUGAUGGUCCCGGUGCGCCGGCUGAGACGGAGGUUCAUUUCCUUCCUCAUGUACAUCACCAGGGACCAGAAAACACUGUUCGGCAUCUCCUUCCUCCUUGGGAUGCUGCUAGCUGUUAUAUUUCAAAGUUUUCAUAGCACUGAUGACUUCAACAUUGCAAAGUACAGUUAUGAUUUUGCGUACGAGAAGUGGCUGUACAGCAGGGGACUGUACAGUGUAAAUACAGAUCCUGAUAAAAACAGAUACAAGGAUAAGAAUGAGAUUGAUGUCGAAGCUGCAGUCAAUCCUAUGACAGAAGCUGGGUUUCUUUACUCUCAAGUUCCAGUGGUUUGCAUCGUCUUCCCUGAUCAAUUAUCUGCUGCUCUGACGGUCAAGAAUACCUGGGGUCAGCACUGUAACUAUCUCAGGUUUUACAGUGCUAAGGUUGAAAAUUCAAGUAUACCUGUUCGAAAAAUACCGUCGAAGUCGUCCUUCGGUUUGUUGUGCUCGGCCUUACUGGACCUGGAGAAGGAAGAGUUGAACUACUCCUGGGUUCUCUUCUUCACAGAGGAUACAUUCGUCCUACCGGAGAACUUUAGGUAUUUUGCCGCGGCAUUGAAUAGUACUGGUGAGCACUAUCUAGGGCACGCUAUCAGGUUUUGGAAUGUUGUCUACAAUUGGGGAGAUGCUGGGUAUGCUUUAUCAAGAGGAGCUGUAUCCGCCUUACUCAACCGUUUCAGUACUCAGGAGCUGUGUGAAGCUGGGGGUAAAUACUGGAAGAAUGGAGACUGGUAUUUAGGAAAACAUCUUCAUGAUCUAGGAAUAUUUCCAGUCGACACCAGGGAUGAGCAAGGAAAAGGUCGCUUUAAUGGAUUCUCUUUCAAAAAACUUCUUUUCCCAGGCGGAGUUUCUCUAUUUGAAAGGUAUUGGAAGGAUUCUCUCUACCUAUCCCCUGAUGGUCCCCAGUGUUGCUCCAACCAUGCGAUCUCAUUUCACGGAAUCCUAUCCUCAUCCAAGAUUUACCAAUUAGAAUAUAUGUUCUACCAUCUUAGACCUUUUUACUCCGGUGGUAUAUAUGGGAACUCACCUGCUCCUCCUCCCAUUAAGGCCCCGUAUCUAUCUUGGGAGGAAAAAAUGAAAGAAGAAGAAUUACAAAAGAUGUUUAAUUCUCUUCUGACUACUCCAGAAGGGAUGCAUGAAGUACUUGCUUCCAGCAUGCAUGAUGCAUUAAGUUAGAAGUACUUGGAUUCAGAAUGCAUGAUGCAUAAUUUGCUUAACUUCAAUAUGUCAAUGUUAUAUAUGUAUCUAUAUAUGAAGUUGUAAUCUCUGUUUA